AUGGAGGAGAACCUGACCACUGUUAUAAAAAGAGUUUACCAAAAGAUGCGUUCAGCCAUUAACAAACGUUCAAAAGUGCAACAGGACAAUGCUGACAAGGUGGAUCAGAAAAUACGAAAAGAAGAAAUAUCCCAUUCGAAUCAAAAUAUCGGCAUCAAAAGUGAAAAAAUGAAACCUUCAAAAUUGAAAUUGUACAAUUCAUUAAGAAGGGAGAGUUACCUAAUUGCAAUGACUUCAAUGAAUGUCAACGCUGACCAUCAUAAUUCUGAAACUCCCAACUGCUGCAAUGUCAACGCUGACCAUCAUAAUUCUGAAACACCCAAUUGCUGCAACGUCAAAUUUCUAAAUUCUAAACUCGAAAAGUCAAUCUCAACCAUUGAUUUAUCUCACUAUAAAAAUGAUCAAAAAAAGCACACUAAUAUUAUAAAAGUUGAUUUUGAAGCAAGAAAAAACAGGAGCUUAAGAUUAAAAUCAAUGGCUCAAACGCUUUCGUCAAUUGCUGAAGAAACAAGUUUUAACUUGCACCAAAUAGAAUUGGACGACUGUAAUGAUUACAAAAUGUUUGUGAAGGACAACAUGAAUAACAUAAAUGUUACUAACAAUAAUUUGCCAAAAAGUACAUUUAAUCUGGUGUUGGAUGGAAGGAAUCCUGUUCGACAUUCUGAUGACAACAAAAAUUUAUGUGGUACAUCUGCAUCAUUCUGCUCGUUGGCAUCAACGUUUUCAUCAUCCACAACGCCAAACUAUAAUGAAACAUUUUGUGGAAGUGAGGAUUAUUGCGACAUGAAUGCAACUACGGACUCUUCGAAUUCGGUGUUUUGGCUGAAUUCCAUGAAUUGUUCAAAUUGUUGUACCAGCGAAAAUUUUCGACAAGAGGGAACACUGGAAGAAUGCGUUGAGUACGAAGAUGAAGUUGAUGAGUUGGUGUUAAGAAACUUCAUGGUGAAAAAACUGUGUGAAAGCUGUGGUAAUUCUUUCACCUUUAUGAGAAUAUUAGCUUAUUUGUAA